UUACCGCUGUAUUAAUAAACGUGACAAAAUGUAUCGUAUUUUAUAUUUUUUAGUAAUAGUGCCAGUAAUCAAUGCUGACGUGUUGCCCAAAAGUGUACUCUUAAAUGAUGGUAAAAGGAUGCCAAUUGUCUCGUUUGGUACCCUAGGAAAAACACAGGAACUAGAUAUUUUAAAAACUGCUGUGAUACAAGCUAUUGAAUCUGGAUUUAGACAAAUUGAUACAGCCGCAGCUUAUAAAAACGAAGAGCAAGUCGGUGAUGCGAUUCUUGAUGUGAUCAGUCGAGGAAUUGUGACGAGAGAAGAAUUAUGGAUUACUACGAAGUUGAACUUAGACGUCGGAAACAAAGAAGGAGUACUUCCAGCCCUUCAGGAGUCUUUGAAAAAAUUGAAAUUAGAUUAUGUAGACUUGUAUUUGGUACAUUCGCCUGAAAACCUGGUGUUAAUUCCAGAAUAUGAUUAUUUAAGUGUGUGGAAAGGAUUGGAGGAUGUUAAGAAAUUAAAUUUAACAAGAUCCAUCGGCGUUUCUAAUUUCAACAGUACCGACAUAAUGAGAAUUCUGGCAAACUCCGAAAUAGUGCCAUCUGUUAACGAAAUUGAGGUAAAACUUUUCAUUUAA